UUUUGACUGUGCGUCGACACGCCGCCUUGUUGUCAAAGGGUUCGUUCAUGCAGUACCUCUAGUUAGUGCUUCUGCAUGAUCACUGCCGACAUGCACGUGCAAUGUGAUCUACUCCUGGACGUGCGUGUGUGUCGAUAGGUUGCCUUCCUAGUCAUCACCCCUCAGGUUGCUGCACCACCCAGCGUCUCGAUGAGUCGACAAACUCCUCUGACGACAUCCUCACGUUGUCCCUGGGACGAGUCGUCGGUGGCAAUCGCUGCCACACGUGCCCGUUAGAAACACACGUCGAUUAGAGUGCGAUUCUCAUUGUGAUGCUCCCGCUUUGUGGCCGCACGAAUAACGAGUCGACUUGGGCGCACAUGGACAUGACGCAACCGUUUGCCUCCGGCUCGUUCAAGACCGUGUACCGCGGCAAGUACGCGGACGGGGACCGCCAAGAGCGGUACUUCGCGCAUGAAGCGCAGGUGGUCGGUCGCGCGCUGGCGAUCGUGGACGAGUUCAACACCGCCGACAUCAAUCAAGGCCGCGGCCAGGUCUGGGUGAACGUGCCAUCUCUAUGGACAGUGCAAGCCGGGUUUGGCCGUCCGCCAGGGGAACUGGCGCUAGUGGAGCCGUACAUUGCCAACAUUGCCAAGUUCAACUCGAACACGGGAUGGACUAAUAACAGCCGUAACCACUGCAAGUGGCUUCAAUCCCUAAGUCACUUUAGCUACCAUAUGAGCCACCGCUGUGUGCUUCUCUGUGACCUCCAAGGCGGCGUGUACUCGCGCGGCGUAGUGCUGACGGACCCGGUGAUCAUGUCGCCGUCGCGGAAGUACGGCCCCACGGAUCUCGGCGACCUCGGUAUAAGCACAUUCUUCGCGCACCAUACGUGCACUUCGUACUGCGACCCGAACUGGCUGACCCCUCGAGAUAAGAACAAGUACUUUACCCCGGUUCCUGGCUCAACCAUGCAACUGCUGCCUUGACGUCCUAGCGCUGGAUGAACUGUCGAAAGUUAAUAACUGAGCUAAAGUAUAUACUGUAUCAGUGCACGA